GCUCCGGGUUCUCAUCAUUUACGCAAUGCGACCCACCAAAUUUCCUGUGUACUACUGUCACUUCAGCUUAAACCCUAAACCCUAAUUUCCGCACUACCGCGUGCGCCAUGCUCCUCCGAUCCAUCGCCCCGAAUUAUUGCCACCAGAAUCACGGCGAACUCUGCAUUUCGAGUUCGGCUUCAUUCCCGUCAUGCGGAUAUCUGCGAAAUUCAGCUUCAUUUUUAAUCAAGCCUGUCGUCUUCACCAGGUAUGGAACCCGUAGGAAGUCGGCCUCUGUUACAUGCUUGUCGAAGUCGAAAUUUCGUAGCUACAGAACGGUUGACUAUGAAAGGAGGCCUCCGUCGAAUUGGAAAGACCUAUGCAAGAGAAUUUCCCUGGUGGAUUCCCUGAAUCGGAGCUCUGCUUCGGUGUUUUUGAGCCAGGCGGAGGGCGAGGGCGAGCUGCUCUCGAAAUGGGACCUUUGCAGAGUCGUCAAAGAGCUUCGGAAGUUCCGACGCUACAAAUCUGCUCUUGAGGUCUAUGAAUGGAUGAAUAGUAGAGACGAUAAGUAUCUUAUAACCUCAAGUGACGCCGCUAUUCAACUCGAUCUGAUUGCUAAAGUGGAAGGGGUUCAAUGCGCCGAGCAUUAUCUCCAGAAACUCUCGAAUGGCUUAAAAGACAGGAGAGUUUAUGGCUCUCUUUUGAAUGUGUAUGUCCAUGCGGGAAUGAGGGAAAGUGCCGAAUUCCUAAUGAAGGAAAUGCGAAAAAGAGGCUACUUUGCUCAUACCCUCUCAUACAAUGUGAUGAUGACGCUCUACAUGAAACUCAAAGAUCAUAAUAAGAUCGAGCUAUUGGUGUCCGAGAUGAAGGAAAAGAAUGUUGCGCUUGAUGUCUGUACGUACAAUAUUUGGAUGUCAUCCUGCGGAUAUCAAGGAUCGAUUGCGAAAAUGGAACAAGUUUACGAACAAAUGAAGGCGGACACCACUGUCAGGCCAAUAUGGACUACAUUUAGCACCAUGGCUACAAUGUACAUUAAAUUAGGAGAAAUCGAGAAAGCUGCAGGCUAUUUGAGGAAGAUUGAAAGCAUGAUGACUGGUCGGGAUCGCGAGCCGUAUCAUUAUCUUAUCAGUCUUUACGGCAGCUCCGGUAAAAAAGAAUCAGUUUAUCGGAUAUGGAAUGAUUACAAGAAUUCAUUCAGCAAGAUUCCUAAUUUCGGCUUCCAAGCCGUUAUCUCCACCCUGAUUGCUGCCAACGACAUUGACGGGGCUGAGAAACUCUACGAUGAAUGGCUCGGGGUGAAAACAAAAUACGACCACAGAAUUGGGAAUCUUAUUCUAGCGCGGUAUGUUAAGGAGGGGAAAUCCGACAAGGUAAAAGACUUUUUUAACCAAAUGAUCGAGGCGGGCGGGGAGCCUAAUUCGAUGGCUUGGGAGAUUCUUUCGGAGGACCAUAUUCGUAAUUUGAGGAUUUCCGAGGCCGUGUCGUGCUUGAGGAAUGCUGCUACGGUUAAUGGAUCGAAGCGAUGGAAGCCUAAACCUGCGAAUGUGUCGGCCAUUCUCGAGAUUUGCGAGGAAGAAGAUGAUAUGGCUAACAAGGAUGUUUUAAUGGAUGUUUUGCAGGAAGUCAGGUGCCUUAGCGACACGAAAUACAUGGGAUAUGUUUCUGACUUGCGCGAUGGGAAGAUUACGAGCUGUGAUCAAGCAGACCGUAACGGUGACGGCGAUUGCAUCGAUACCGAUGUCUACCAAUUCCUGGAAAGCUUGUGAGAACUCAUUUAUCUCAAGUAAGGUAUGUUUCUUACAUAUAGUUCAUUGGGUAAGUUUAUAGUUUGAGCAUAAGUAAGGUUACUUGAAUUUUGGAGAAAUAUUAGAUGAGAUAUGAUAUUUUAAAUGGGGGAAUAGAUGUUGUAUAUGCCUUGUUCUUUCGGUGUUUUAUAGUAUAAAUUAUACU